CGGACAAACCAAACAGCCUGGAGUGUAGAACCACAAGUUUCGCUUUUACACUCUGGGAACAGACAUGUGAGGAGGUUCCUCUGAGGCUGCGGCUGGAGAUUUAAACCACCCGUUGACAAGGGGUUUAUUUAAUCGGCGCAUUAACAGAUUAUGAUCAUUAUUCCGCAGUAAAUGUUUAUACAGAUGAGUCCAGGAGCGCAGAUCUAUUAAUCUUCUUCCGCUGUCCGAGUGCAACAUGAUUGCAUUAGUGGGCGUUUUAUUGGUGGUGUCUGUCUCAGGUGAUGACCAGGUGGAAGGCAUCUUGGGAGACAGUGUGCUUCUUCCAUGCUCCUGUUCAGGCCGAGAUACAACUCAGCCAAUGAAAUGGCAGAUGAACGAACAAUUUCGUGUGUUCAAGAAUGUGAACAAUGUGUCAGAAUUCAAUGAAACCUACGAGGGUCGAGCCAGAGUGUUACUGGAGAGCAACUGUUCUCUUGUUCUAACCAGAAUCAAAAAGGAGGAUCGGGGAAAAUACCAAUGCAUUUGUCACAUUAAUGAAAGAUACAAGGAUUUCCCUGUACAUCUGACUGUAGUUGCUCACUUCAACGUUUGCCAGAGGUCUGAAACGGUCAUCAGUCCAGAGGGCGAAAAUGAAAAGGUUUUUCAUUGUGCUGUAAGUGGACAUGACAAGGAAGCCAAGAUUCAGUGGUACAAUGGUUCACUGGAUGGACAGCAGCUUCUAAAUUCUUCUGAAACUACCAUAACUCACACAUAUAACCUGAACACAGUGAAUGGCCUCAACAUUUUCAGCAGCAAACUGGUGACUCAUCUCAACACACUGAAGCCCAAAUGUGAUGUCAAGAGUGAAGACGUACAAACUACCAUUACAGAGACCUGCAGUGGUAGCAUUGGUCAGGUGGUCCAACCAACCCAGGAACCAAACAUGAACAGAGACAGAAACAUUAUAAUCAUUCCCUUUGUGACGGUAGCUGGAUUAUGUGUGGUCUUGUGGCGCUGGAGGAAAUUCUCCUAGGGUUAAUCAAAAAAAAAAAAAAAAAGAGGGAAGACAGAGGAAUGAAGACUAUAUUACCAAAGACCUACAAGAUCACGUCCAAUGCAACAAUGUGAAAGCAGAGUGUCAUGAAGAGUGGUUAACCAUGAAUCAUGUCAGUAACGAAACUGUGUACAGGCAGGUUAAAUCCUGUCCUCAUGUCACUCGUCUGUGAGUUAUUUGUGACAUUGGAUUUUGUUGGAAUUACAACUGCAGGAGUUACAAAUCAAAGGAGGAAAAACAAUAUUUGGAAAUACACACCUUCCCUCUGCAUGUCUGUCCUUGGUCCAAAUCAAAAGACUGAAUAUGAAAACAGACGCCCAAACCCCAUUUUACACGACUAUGGAAACGGAAGCUAAUAUAUAAUGGUUAAGAGAGCUGCCAUCUUGCUUCUGACUGGAGUCGUGGAGAACAGCCAUCUGUAAGUGCAGCAUUCAGUCAUGUAUAUAAACCCCCUAACUCUCGAUAAAGUAUCCUGAACAGCCCAUAUCCUCCGUCGCAGGGAAUGUCUUCUGCAGCCUGUAAAAAGAGCCAAGGAGUAGAUGAUGAAGUUUUGCUUGCUGUCAGACCACUUGAAUUACAAUAUUCUAAGAACUAACCAUGUAUUUUUUUUCAUGACAACUAUUGUGCACUGAAGCUUUAAUACUUUUUAAAUCAGGCUUUAAUAAGAUUUGCCUUCAGAAUGUGAAACAGAAUUUGGUGGAUCAUCAUAAUUGUCAUUUUACUGUAUAAAAUGUGCAUUACAGUGGCCCAGUAUUUACUUACUUAAAUGACACAUGUUUAAUUUUUUGUUGUUGUAAGAUGAAUAUUUCUACAUGUAGAUACUCCCUCUCAGUGAUUUAUGUUUUUUACUUUAUGGACACCAGUGAGUGAAUGUUGUCAUCUAACGCAAAAUGGACAUGGCUUUUAUAUGCGCUGUCAUUAUUGUAGAUCUUGAUGACAUUUAGUGAAUGUGUGUCUCUCUGUGAAGUUUUUUUGAUAUUUUUGAUAUAUGCAAUUCUUGAAAUAUAAAGUGUUCUUUCUGUUUGGUAUGUCUACUUUUGUACAUUUGUGAUGCAAUUUUUGUAUUCUUUGUUAUUUUUACAUCCAUGGUAAUAGCACAUUGAAAACUCAAUAUUAUUCCACAAACCACCAGGCCACUUGAUCAAGAUAUAUGGGUUUAUGUAUAUACAAAUUUUAUGAUAUUUAUUGGCUAUAGUCCAAUUAGGUUCAUACUGUCACCUAAAAUUAUAGAGAUUUCCUUUUCUUUGCCAUGUCAAGGUAAAAAAUCAACUUUUUUCCAUCUGUCUGGCAAAAAAGAAAAGGAAAUCUUUAUUUAUCGGCUAUGUUUAUCUGAGAACAAAAUUAUCCUAAUUGCGUAAUACAGACAUAUAGGUGACUGUUCCCUAGGUCGAAAGCAAAACUCUCUGCAGUUAUUGUUUCCCUCUGUCCUGAAGUUAUGAUGUCCUAAUCUUGGCUCGAUCUGAUUUUUUUGUUAUUCUAACUUUUAAUGUCAGUUCAUGAGUAAUGUAACAAUCAUUUCAUUCAUCUGUCCUGCCUUUUAUAUAACCACAUAUUUGGCAACAGAACAUCGCAGCCUUUGAAUAGAUUGUGAACAUGUUGAGACUAGAUGAAGAAGGAUAUGAAGAAAUGUGAUUGCAACCUAUGGUGUACAUUGGCAUGGGUGUGAUAAUGGACCAUGAAAACAACAACGGAUUUCCAAAGAAUCUUCUAUUUUGUUUCACCGGGGGGGGGAGAAGUAAUUCAGGACAGUGAAGAUGCAAAAUAUGUAACAAAAAGCAACAGAGGCCAAGAGACAGAACAUCAUACAUGUAACAGAAAUGAUCAAAUCCUUUUACCAGGGUACAUUUAGUCAUAUUUUGUGAUCUGGUUAACCCCCUAUUUGAAAAUUAUAUGCAAGGCUGCUAAUGGCUAAUGUGGGAGUGCAUUAACUGUGCACCUUGUAUGUGUUGAAAGACAACAACUGUCAUAUACUGUUACCCAUAAAAUUGGAAUAAAAUAUUUUUACCUUUUCCAAUGAAAUGAUUGUGAAAAUGUGAUUUGUUUUUGAUAAAUAAAGUGUAACUGGGUUA